CCGCGACCCGUUCCCUCGUCCGAUCCGCGGCUAUCCAUCGACCAUGAACGAAGAACCCCGAGCCCGCCAUCCGCCGGCAGCAGCAACGAUGAGUACGACCUGUUCAAGCUCAAGCCCGCCGACGCCCUGCAGCUGCUCAGCGCCGGCGUCGAGCUGCUGGUCCGCAUCACCGGCGACGUCCCGCCCACGCCUCCCCCGAAGACGCCCACCGAUCCCCAGAUGAGCAAUAUGCAGGCCGAGAAGGAGAACAUCGUGCGGUCGUAUUCGGAGAAGAGCCUUGCGCGAUUACGAGUCCAAGCCCUGAGAGAGGAGCAGGAAGAAAAGCUUCGGAAGCAACGGCAGCAACAGCAGCUCCAGGAGAAGCAGCAGAAAUACGCCCAUAGGAGCGACUCGUCGUCCAUCGACGGCGUGCGACUGAAGCACGACUCUCUGCGACGCGCGAAUCCCUCGUCCUCGGCCCCGAAUCUGCAUCCGCCGGAGCCGUACAUCGUCGUCGGGGCAGACUCGCAGCCCCUGAACCUCCAGCACGGCGCCAUCACGCGCAAGUUCUACAGCAAAAACGAGCCCCCGAUCUCGGUCAACCAGUAUCUGCAGCGGCUGCACCAGUUCUGCCCCAUGAGCACGGCCGUCUACCUCGCCACAUCACUGUACAUUCACCGCCUCGCCGUCGAGGAGCGCGCCAUUCCGGUAACGAGACGGAAUGCACACAGGUUGGUGCUCGCAGGCUUGCGGGUGGCCAUGAAGGCGCUCGAGGACCUUUCGUAUCCGCAUACAAAGAUUGCCAAGGUCGGCGGCGUGAGCGAAGUCGAGCUGGCGAGGCUAGAAAUCAGCUUCUGCUUCCUUGCUGGAUUCGAGCUCGUUGUGAGCGCGGAGCGGCUGCAGAAGCAUUGGGCGGUACUGAGGGAAGGCAAAAUACAGCGGAUGGUGGAUGGCAUCGAGGUUCCGCUACUAAAGCUG